AUGCAUCACAGUUGCGAUCAGGCAUUUGUGCUUUGUGUCCUGUUGCUGAUCUGGACUUAUGAGACUCCAGAGGUAUACCAGUGGUUGGAGUAUUACGCUGGAGUAGGAAACAUCACAAAAUGUAUGAUUGCAGCAGAAUACCGAGCAGUUCGCUUUGACCUCAAGGAUAACGAACAGCCGAAGUAUAGAAAAUCGAACUUCAUGGACUUGUCACAUGCCUCAGGGUUUGCGCUUGCAAUACUUUGCAUGCUGCGCACGGUUGUGGGCCAAGGGGAAUUUGCCUGUCACUUCGGAAUCAAAUGUAGCAGUUUCUCGAAGAUGAAUGUUGGGACCAGUCAGCGAUCAGCGUGUAGUGCAACCGGCUUUGCUGAAUAUGUCUCCGUGAAGUUGGCAAACACGCUUCUUGAGAGGACAAUCUGCCUCAUUCUUCUUUGCACGGCACUUGGAGGUGCAUGGAGCCUAGAACAGCCUUCAGGCUCACUGUUGGAAUUUUACCCGAGGUGGCGCUUUAUGAUGGCCAGCAUCUUCGACUGUGGUGGGAAAAACGCAGUCAGCGUUGUCAAAUGGUGGAUGGCACACUAUGCUUCCUGCACACCCAAACGACACUACGCAUAUGCCAACUCUCGCCACAUCAUGCGAAUCGACAAGGGCAAGUUGCAGGGAUGGAAACAUGACAAACGUCCCAAACAGAAAAGUGCUGAUCGUUAUGUGGAUUCUUCGGGGAAGAAGAGGUACAAAGGCACCGCGCAUUUGAAGAAUAUGGAGAUAUAUCCGAUGCCUUUUGCACGCCAGAUUGUGGACUUGGUCGAAGACCACAAGCGGGAAGCCCAGGGCCUACCUCAUUGUCCGGCAUCAGGUUUUCCACCGGCUCUCGAGACUCUCGUGUCCGAAGGGUGGUUUCAUGAGUCUGACUUGUGGCAGUUUGUGGACUUCAGUCAACUUUACAGCUAUUUGCGGGGCAACCGAAACCUGAAGAUCCCCGAUCAAUGGAAGGCAGUGGUACCUAGGGAGCUCUAA